GUCGCCGGUAUCCCAAUCCCUACUGCUGCUGCUGCUGCUGCCACCACCACCGCCGCCAUGGCCAAACUCGAAUCCGAGCCUGUUGAAUCCGGGGGGGAUGUCCUCGUCCUCGCGCAAGCGGACGAUCGCGAAUUACUAGGUUAGCCCUUUCCACAACAACGCGACGACACAGAUACUGAUCACACGCAGCGAAAAUGGGGUAUCAGCAGGAAUUGCGGCGACAAUACUCCACGCUUCAGAUUUUCGCGAUUGCCUUUAGUAUUAUGGGCUUGGUACCCUCGAUCGCAUCGACCCUUGCGUUUUCGCUGCCUGCUGGGCCCGCGGGCAUGGUCUGGGGCUGGUUUACUGCGAGUAUCCUGAUCUUCUUUGUGGGAUUGACAAUGGCCGAUAUGGCUUCUGCGAUGCCGACUGCUGGCGGGUUGUACUGGUGGACGCAUUACUUUGCUGGGGAUCAGUACAAGAACCCGCUCAGUUUCCUCGUAGGAUACAGCAAUACCCUGGGAUUAAUUGGGGGGAUUUGUUCCGUGGACUAUACGCUGUCGCUGAUGAUUCUCGCCUGCGUCUCGAUCGCGCGCGACGGCAACUGGACCGCAUCGCAAGGCACCAUCUACGGUCUGUACGCCGGCCUCAUCUGCGUCCACGCCAUAUCCACGAUCCUCGCGAGCCACAUCAUGCCCCGGAUCCAAACCUUCUGCAUCUACAUCAACAUCGCCAUCGUCAUUGCCACGGUCAUCGCCCUCCCCGUCGGGAAAGUUGCGCGCGGCGGGACGCUGAACCCGGGCAGCUAUGUUUUCGGGCACGUCGAGAAUUCGAGCAAUUGGCCGACCGGGUGGACUUUCGUCCUGGCGUUCCUGUCGCCAAUCUGGUCCAUUGGGUUUUUCGAUUCCUGUGUACAUAUGAGCGAGGAGGCCAUGCAUGCGGCGCGCGCCGUGCCCAAGGGGAUCCUUUUCUCGGCGGGGAGUGCCUGUGUUCUUGGGUUUUUGCUGCUGAGCGUUAUCGCGGCGUCGAUGGAUCCCAACGUCGCCAAUACCCUAGGGAGUACAUUCGGACAACCUAUGGCCCAGGUAUACUACGACGCACUCGGCAAAACGGGCGCUCUGGGCUUCAUGGCCGUCUUGAUCUUCAUCCAAUUCCUGAUCGGGCUGAGCUUGAUCGUCGCGGCCUCUCGCCAAACGUGGGCGUUCUCUCGCGACGGCGCCCUGCCCUUCUCCUCCUUCUUCCGCCAAAUCAGCCGCCGGAUCCGGUACCAGCCAGUCAAUGCAAUCCUGGGCCUAGCCGCCGUGUGCAUUGUCUUUGGGCUCCUCUGCCUGAUCAACAGCGUCGCCGCGAACGCGCUCUUCUCUCUCUUCGUCGCGAGCAACUACGUCGCAUGGGGCACGCCGAUUCUGUGCCGGCUGCUCUGGGGCGCCCCGCGGUUCCAGCCGGGGGAGUUUUACACGGGCAAGCUCAGUCGGCCGAUUGCCUGGGUGGCGGUUGUCUGGCUGGUGUUUGGGCUAGUUCUGUCGAUGUUCCCGUCUGUCAAGAAUCCCCAACCGAACGACAUGAACUACACCAUUGCUAUUAACGGGUUCGUUUGGAUCGCGUGCAUGCUUUAUUACUUUCUCUUUGCUAGGAAGUGGUUCCGUGGUCCACAGACGACUCUGCAGCCGGGCAUGGAACAGUGAGACUACAGC